AUGGGCUGUAGCUGUUUCAAGAUUUCUACUUUUGUAAUUUGGUUUAUAUUCUCUGUUUCUCCUAUUUGCUCACUGGAAACUGAGAUAAUUUCGAAUCAGACUUUUGAAGCAUGGAAAGAGAAGAUGAUUAUUAAAGAUCAUCUCAUGAAAAUCAAUAAGCCUUCUCUCAAGACAAUUCAGAGUCCUGAUGGAGAUGUUAUAGAUUGUGUAUUAUCUCAUCAACAACCAGCAUUUGAUCAUCCUCACCUAAGGGGAAACAAGCCUUUGAAUCCUCCUGAGAGUCCAAAUGGACACAAGUCAAAUCCUAAUGAAUUGGAAAACUUUCAAUUAUGGAGCUUGUCUGGUGAAACAUGUCCAGAAGGAACAAUACCAAUAAGAAGAACAAGAGAAAUAGACAUUCUAAGAGCAUCCUCUCUUCAAACAUUUGGCAGAAAAAUCAAAACACCAAUUCGAAGAGACACAAUAAGUAACGCCCAUGAGCAUGCAAUUGGAUACGUAAGUGGAGAUGAAUAUUAUGGAGCAAAAACAAGUAUAAAUGUGUGGGCACCUCAAAUAUCCAACCAAUAUGAAUUCAGUUUAUCACAAAUCUGGAUUAUUUCUGGUUCUUUUGCUGAUGAUCUCAACACAAUUGAAGCUGGUUGGCAGGUUAGCCCAGAGAUAUAUGGAGACUAUUUUCCAAGAUUCUUUACCUACUGGACUAGUGAUGCAUAUCAAACAACUGGAUGUUACAAUUUGCUUUGUUCAGGAUUUGUCCAGACCAAUAAUAGAAUAGCUAUUGGGGCUGCAAUUUCUCCAACAUCCUCUUAUGAUGGUGGCCAAUAUGAUAUCACCAUAUUGAUUUGGAAGGAUCCAAAGCAUGGGAAUUGGUGGCUAGAGUUUGGGUCAGGAGUUGUUGUAGGUUACUGGCCAUCAUUUUUAUUUUCACAUCUUAGGAGUUCAGCAAGCAUGAUACAAUUUGGUGGUGAAAUAGUGAACACUAAUCCUUCUGGAUUUCACACAUCAACUCAAAUGGGAAGUGGUCAUUUGCCUGCACAAGGAUUUGGAAAAGCUUCUUAUUUUCGAAAUUUGCAAUUAGUUGAUUCAGAUAAUAGCCUAAUACCUCUUACAAAUCUCAAACUUGUGGCUGAUCAUCCAAAUUGUUAUGAUAUUCAAGGAGGGAUUAAUUCUGUUUGGGGUCAUUAUUUUUACUAUGGAGGUCCUGGUAAAACCCAACAUUGUUCUUAAUUAAAAGGUACUCCCUCCGUCCCAUUUUAUGUGGCACUUUUCGGAUUUCGAGAUUCAAACAAGUCUAUCUUUGACCGUAAAAUUUUCAUAGAUCUUUUAAACAUUUUGAAUUAUCAAUUAUUGUGACUUAUAGUACUUUUUACGUAGUUCACAAAUAUAUAAAUUUCAUUUCAAAACAAUGAAGAUUUCAUGUACAAAUUUUCGAUCAAACUUAAACUGUUUGACUCUCGAAAAACAAAAAGUGUCACAUAAAUUGGGACAGGGGAGAAUAUGUUAUGGUCUUCUUUUUUUUUGUUUUACAGUUUUAGGGUGAUAGGGCUUGGGUUAUUCUUUCUAUUCUACUUUGGGUCAAAAAGGUGAUCCAUCAGUUAGUUAUACCACAUGUUAUUUAAAGAGGUGUGAAAAGGGAAAUAGUG